UUUUCAUUCUUCUCUUCACGCUCCCUUUCAUGUUUUCCCCUUCGUUCUUUUCAACCAUCUUACCUAUAGAAGCCACCCUCGCAGACUUUGAGAUCGAAUUAUGAAAAGUCGUAAUUGCAUUAUCGAGUUAUCCAGCGAUGGGCCAGCAUCUGGGAGUGAUUCAGCGGUCCAUCGCCACGAUAGCACCUCAACUGGUGCGCGCAAGAGCACCACUGGUCCUUCACAGGCUGUACGCAGCCCACUCGGAGCUGCGGCUAUUGCAUCGGCAUCCGAGAAUAUAGAGUAUAAGGGAAGCUCCGAUCGAAACACUACUGUUCCCGACGUCGUGCCUGCCGUUUGGUACUUUGAAGAAGCCGCGAACGCCUUGUAUUUCAAUUGCACCACAGAACCUCCAGUUAAGGCCAGCAUCACCAAACAGGACAUCAGUUGGACCACCGAUAUUAGUCAGUUGAAGCAGAGGUUGUACAGACCUGUCGUUGGAAUUUCCUUGAAGGAUAUCGACUUGAACAGCCUCGAAUCGAUCAUUUUCUAUGUUGGUGUUGACAGUCCGACGUACCUGAAUGCAUCGUGUGCCUAUUGGGAGAUUAUAACGAAGCGUCAGCUGAAAGUGCUGUCAAGAUCCAGCAAAGGGCUGUGCAGGUGGAAGCUUCACCGACAAUUCGACAACAGUGGGCUUGAUGCUGUGCGUCCCUUGAUUGUAAAAAUUAUGGUUUGCCUGAGCCCCCAUAUCUCUCCUGCAUCCGUACGAGGAUUCCUUGAAUUGCAUUACUUUGAGUUGCAUUCGUGUUCGGUGGAGAAUUACAUUCAUGAUAUACCUAUGCGUGCUCAUGAGCCAUAUCUCUGGUCAAUUGAUAUCGAGCAUAUGGAGACUCCUACAGAACCUAGUCCAGCACAGUCGGUCGAGAUCGUUCACUACUCCAUCUCUGGUGAUGGUACGCAUGCUGCAACGUUAUCUGCUACGGACCGCUGCUUAUACUUAGACCUGUGGGAUCUUUCUUGUGCCAGCAAGGAUGCUCUUGGCAUGACUGAUACGGACAAGCGAGGACAGAAGUCGUCAAGUAGCCCCGAAUGGUCUGCGGGAAAAUCGUUGCCUUUCUCGAGAUCACGAGCAGCACAAAGCGAGCUCGCCAUAGCUGUUCCCAAGUCGAUAAAGGCCACUCCCGUCAUUCGUACAGACAAGGAGCCGAUCCUGGUUAACGCUACCGUCUCGGUUUCUUGGAACGCCACUUAUGUGGUAUUACUUCCAACUGCAAGAGGGUCCCAGGCCGAACGAUUGGCCAUCUACAAAUAUUCAGCUCCCCACGGCCCUGACACAUCCAAGAGUCGACUUAACACACCUACAGCAUUUACUGAAUUGGAGUGCUGUGAAAGUCUUCGUGAUUUUUAUGGAGAAGGAUCGUUCCAUAUAACGGAUAUUGAGAACCCGCAAGAGAAGAACGAACUCUUUAUUACAUGCGACGGAACGUCGGUCCGUUUGUACAAGGUCUAUGGCACAUGGAGUUAUAUUCGUAAAGUGUCACUUGGUGUGGAUAGUCCGCUCUCGUCUGGAGACCUGAUUCAUAGCCUUCAGGGCAAAUAUUUGUCAUGGUUCCGAAAGGGUCUACUUCUUAUUUGGAAUAUUGAAGCAAGUACCAUGGCUUCAGUCGUAACCGGGAUAACGGGUACUGAACAUUUAUCUACAUUCUCGAGCGAUGGAUCAAUGAUAGCGGUAUCGCAUGGCCGCACCAUCACAACUUACUGGACGGGAUCUGGCACAGCAAUUGGAACAUACAAGCUUCCCUUAAACACACUCAAGCUGUCCUCUGAAACAUGCGCUCUAUCCCUGACGUUCGUUCGCCAUGAUUCUCAGAUUUUGGUUGACCGCCUCUCUUAUCGUGAUGGAUACCAAGGAUAUAUCUUGGAUGCAGCUACAAUGUCGCUUGUGGGCAAGUUCAUCAGUCCAGGACGAUAUAUCCGCAGUGAAGCAAGGUCACAAGGACUUUUCUCGUGCCAUGGAUCGACGCUGAAUCUUGUCAGACUGGAAGACUACAUUUUCGAUCCCCUUGAUCCCACGACGUGCAGAUGUGACCAGCAAUCCGGGGACGAUUUUGCUUUUAUCUCUGAUGAACGCACCUUCACGCCUUCAUCUGGACUUACAUUCAGCUUCAAAUUCCUUCCUGCGGCUGAAGAAGACGUGGACGGUGUUCACACUUUUUCUUUGAAGGUGUCUGAACAUGGAUUAGAACGCGAACUACUCAGGGUCCCUCCAAUUGCCCUCACCGAUCUUCCCUACCAAUGCGCCUACAUAGAUGCAUUUUUUUUCGAGGAUCUAUCACAGCUGCUCCUAUAUGCGGACGAGUUCGUUAUGAUGUGGGGUCUUCCGGAGACAUUCGACGGCGAUUGUACUUUAUUGCAAACGCACUGGACACAGGACAAGCCCUUUCGGCUGGGAAAUUACCACCCUCUUUCAUUGUAUGAAAGGAACGGCAUCGUAUCUUGCAAGCACCAAAAACAGUUGCUAUAUAAUAUGUACCACCUCAACGACGACGACGACGAUGAACUUGUUGUAGUUGAGCUACCUUUGAAUAGACCCGCUGACGGUGAUCAGGGGUUCAAGUUCGUCAAUGGAAUCAUGGUUCUAGUCGAGAUGUACAAGGUUGCAGCAGACGUCAAGGUCAGGCAGGCAAUUAUUCGAUACCUUGAACUACACCUCAACAGAUAUCCGAACCCAGAAAACCUACUCGACUGCGUGAUUGGCAAGAUUAUUGACGCAUGGAAACCUCGAGAUUCUAAAGUUUGUGAGGAGCUGAUGGCUCUACUUCUGGCAUCAUCGAGUGUGCAGUGGAUUCCAAGGUUAGAUUACGACCGACAUACCAACCCAAUCUGGACUCUUCUUGACAAAUCCAGCGAGGAUCCUUUGGCUAUGGGACUCGCCAUAAUCAUCAUCCGGUAUUGUCUUCAAAAAGCCAAAGAGGAAGAAGAUAUUCAGUUUAUAUCGCCGCUGACAGCAUGUCUACCAGAGCUAUUCGAUCAGAACCUGCCGCACCUUGAGAUUGCUCUGAAUUCUCUCCAUAAGAUGGCGUAUAUUCCUGUAAAGCAGAGAUCCUUCGUCAUCGACAAUCAUAGGAUCGCUCACCCUCCCGAGAUACGAUGGCCAUUCUGGAAACGCGACGAGCGACCAUUGCACACAUGGAAUAAUCCGAUCCUCCAGCUGGAACUCUCACCUAAACCCCAUAAAACUCAAAAGGACAACUUCACAAAAGGCGUAUUUGUGGCGUCAUUUGAGAUGCUGUGGAGGGUGGAAAACUUUGCCAAUGGGCGGGAAUCACAGAUCUUUGAAAACUCGAGCUGGGUCCAUACACUGCUUUUGAUGAUUUGGCAUACAUGCGCGCCCAAAAGUCGAACAUACGUUACGUCUCAUGCCUUCAUCCUAAGUGCAUUCGAUAACCCAGCUAUUGAAGCUUUGAUUGAGUAUAAAUGGAACAUGUUCGGAUUCAAGUACUGGUUGAUUCGGUUCCUGCUCCAGUGCGUCUAUUACCUUUUGGUUCUUACUGCCGUAUUCCUGCAGGUCUAUCAAAACCAGGAGCCAAUUUUGCCUAUAUUUGCUAUCAUCAUUAUUCUCUCAGUGAUAUUUUUAUGGCUCGAAUUUGUCCAGUUUCUACAUAACCCGUCUCGAUACUUCCUGUAUGACCAUAAUGAAGCUAUUUGCUCUUUGUUUGUUUUCCUCGAAUCCUUGAAGCUUACGUCUUAAUUCUAUUUACUGUAACCGUAGGUCGCCCUAUAACUUGGUAGAUUUGGCAGUGUUUACACUUCCUCUAGCGGGGAGCAUCAACCAGAUCAUAACGCAAAAUGGGAACCCAACCACCUUCAGCUUUUCAAUACUCUUCGUAUUCUUGCACCUGGUUAGUAUAUGCGGCUAUGAAACGUUUACACAUAUCAUAUCUGAUAACUGUAACAUACAAUCGGCAUCAUUGUUUCUCACAUCUCUCGAGCGUCUCAUUGAUAGUUGUUUGAGCUUCGGACGAAUAAGAGCGUAUGCCAUUACACUACGAUCAUUAUUCGGGU